AUGGCGGAUGGCGUGGACAUAGAUUUGUACGACAAUUUAGAGGACGGGUUCGAUGCAGGUGACAACGACGCUGUUCCAGAUGAUGACCUGUACAAUGAUGUUAUAACUGCAUCUUCCAGUUCUGAAAGAAUAGAUUUACCGCAAAAUGAUGGAGACAGCAAAUCUCUGUCGAGUAUAUCUGUCCCUCAUGGAUACACAGGGAGAAGAAUCAGUUUAUAUGUUGGAAAUCUAACAUGGUGGACAACAGACCAGGACCUUACUGAUGCUGUAGCUUCCAUUGGCGUCACCGACCUUGUGGAAAUCAAAUUUUAUGAAAACAGAGCUAAUGGCCAAUCGAAAGGCUUUGCGGUGGUAGUUGUGGGUUCAGACAGUUCAUCAAGACACAUCUUUGACAAACUCCAGAGGAAAGAGAUCCAUGGCCAGGUGCCAGCUGUCACUCACUGCAACAAACAGGCCCUCAGUCAGUUUGAAGCCCAAGCACGCAAGGGUGAUGCCUCUCCACAGAAUGGGGAAUCUUCAAACAAGUUCUCCAGGGAUGGAUUUAACGCUUCUACAGGAAACAAACCUCCUCGUGGGCCCCCUCACAACUCCCCUCAUCAAGGUGGGCCCCCACAACAGAGGAUGCAGUCCAACAAACCUCCAAACAUGAUGCAACAAAGACAUCAACACCCACCAAAUCAAGGACAGAGACCUCCUAUAGGGCCCCCUCCACCAGGACCAAUGCCACCCCAUGGCGGACCUCCUUUCUCAGGUGGUCCUCCACGUCAUGGUGGACCUCCACAGAUGGGUGGACCCCCUAAUAUGAACAUACCCCCAGGCCCGAUGCAUCCUGGUGGUCCUAUGCCCCCAAGGAAUAUCGGACCUCCACCAGGAAUGCCAAUGAGAGGCCCUCCACCUCCAGGGAUGAGAGGCCCCCCACCUCCAGGUCAUGACCCCAGAGGACCACCCCCAAGACCAGAAUGGGACAGACCCCCAGUUCCAUACAACCCUGCCCUUGGACCCCCUCCCCCACAGCCUGUUCCACCUCCUGGAACAAGACACCCCCAUCCAGGGGGACCAGGAAUCGGGCCAGGAAUGCCACCUAGUGGCCAGCCGCCAAUGUCAUUGCCGCCCCCAGGACAUCCUCCAGGACACCCACCCACCCCUGCCCCUCAUGUGAACCCAGCGUUCUUCCCCCCUCAGCAUGGACCUCCACCAGCAGGACCAGUGCCAGUGCACUCAGCCCCAGAUCCAUAUAACCGACCUCCUCCAGGAGCCCCAGUGUCCUCCUACCCAGGUGAUCACUACAGCAGACCUCCCCCAGAAAGUAUAUAUUCCAACAGCAGGGUUGAGCCUGUGUCACCAGCACUCAGUGAGCAGGAGUUUGAGGAGAUAUUCCAGAGGAACAAAACAGUCUCAAGCAGUGCCAUAUCCCGAGCUGUACAGGAUGCCAGUGCAGGUGAAUUUGCAAGUGCUAUCGAAACCUUGGUAACAGCAAUAUCCCUGAUCAAACAAUCAAAGAUAGCCAGUGAUGACCGUUGCAAGAUCCUUAUCAGCUCCCUUCAGGACACGCUUCACGGAAUUGAGGAGAAGUCAUAUGGAUCCAAGAGUACAUCUAGAAGAUCACGUUCAAGGGAGCGAGAAAGGGAUACUCGUGACCGUGAAAAGAGAAGUCGCCAUCGAACAAGAAGUAGGGAAAGGGAAUAUCGUGAGAGGAGUAGAGACCGUGAACGUCACUAUGAGGAGUCAAGGUCCUCGCACAGGGGAGAGCGAGACCGUGAUCGUGACAGGGAGCGUGAGCGCGAAAGAGAAUACAGCAGCAGUCGUCGACACUGAUUACAGGACUUGCCAGAUUUUAUUCGGAAAAUGAUUCUACCUCGGGCAGUUUCCUAUACUACUAGAAAAUUGGCUCAAAACAUCUGUUCAGUUUAUGGACAAGAAGUUGUGUUUAAUAAAUUAUGUGCCAAAUUAUUUGAAUUUCAAUGCAAUACAAGAGAGGCAGCUAGACAUAUUAUAUAAAAUGUUAUGUUUUACAAGGUUGAUAUUUUUACAUGUGAUCAUUACCAAAACUUUUUCUUGCAUCAUUCCAAUGUAGACAUCUUUGUCCAUGUUAUAUAAAUUGUUUAGAAUGUCUACAAACAUUUGUAAUCCACAAGUGUGAUGUGAAAUGAAAGAGAGUGGCAUGUUGAUGUUUGUAGAUGGAUCCAUUUCUCAGUCUGGCAUCGUUAUUGCCAUCUUUCUUGUUAUAGAAAAUUGAUUGAAAAUUUACCUUGUUAAUAAUAAGAUUUUGGCUGUAUCUUAUUCAGCGGCACAAUAUAAUUUUGAUGUUCAAAUUCUAGGUUGAAGCGACAAGACAAUUCUAUAGUUUAAAAAAAAGUUAUACAUGCAUACAUAUUGUUUAGAUAAAUUCCACACAUUUUAUACCACACAAUUUUAUGUACCUAAUUUGAUAUGUUCUA